GCCCCGAGACACGCCCACUUAAAAUCGCGUGUUGUUAUUUUACAAUAAAUUUUGAUUCAGAUUCAUUCUCAUUUCGCUAAUUAAACUCGCUUUACGAGGGUUUUGCUUCCGUUUAUAAAAUUUUUAAUUUCCCAACAAAAUGCUAGCGGUCGUAAAUGGUUUGAAAACAAGAGUACUUUCACUGCAGCGGCUGAUCCACACCUCAGCGGUCCAAUGCAGAAAGACUGCAGGCAGACACAGACCUUCUCUCAAGGGAGACAAACCCCUCACUUAUGAAAUGGCAAAUGCCCCCCACACAAUCGCCCAUAGAAAGUCAUGGAAUUCGUGGAACACUGCAAACUUGGAAGGUGGUCUUCGUCCAGCUGAGACAGUCGUUGAGGACUUCUUUAUUAGAAAAUUCAUGAUUGGAACUUGGCACUCCCUGUUUGCCUCCGAAGUGAUCAUCAAGAGAAAUCACAACUUAAUCAGGAUUGCUGGAAUCGUCAGGCAAGCAAUUAGCGCUAGAAAAAUGUACUUUCUCAUUGGAUACACAGAGGAAAUGCUGUCACUCUGGUUGCAAUGCCCUGUAAAACUUGAGCUGCAGACUGUAAAAGACGGCAAAGACACAGUGUAUAAAUAUAUUUAGUUAACGGAAUUUCUCCAAUAUAGUGAUAAAUUUGCAAAAUAAUGAACGGAAGA